AUGAAAGCACCAGAUUUAGUCAAAGACAAGGCAACAAAUUACGUAAUCCGUAGACGCGUCUACGGAUUCGUAGCGAUAUUGUCUCGCUACGAACGGCCUCAAGGCAGGGCGCGUGGAGUCGCGAAGCCAGUGGAGUGGGGCGUUGCUAAACAAAAACACGUAUACGCAGUGGCGAGACGCGCGAUUGGCUGCGGCGGGCACAGCCCUCGAGAGCGUGCGCUCGCCGCCGACUGCCACUCCCGCAUUCGCUGUUUGCGCGCCAACAUGUGUAGUGGCGCCGACGGAGCACCCUGGCCGCUCGGCAAGGACGCGCCCGCGGUCACCGCCGCAGCUCUCGAUCAUUACCGCCUUCAACUCUACAAUUAUGCUGUCGCUGAACGUCUUAGGCUCUAUCCACCGACCGUCGCACCGUGCUAUGGGCCCUACGCACCUCGGCUCGCCCUGUCGAUGUCUCUGCUUCAACAACGUGCGCUCCAGCCUGAAGAACCGAAACCUCAGCACAGUUACAUCGGUCUCAUCGCGAUGGCAAUUCUCAGCUCACCGGAACGAAAAUUAGUGCUUUCCGACAUUUAUCAACACAUUUUGGACAAUUACCCGUACUUCCGCACCAGAGGUCCUGGGUGGCGAAAUUCUAUUCGUCAUAAUCUAUCUCUGAACGACUGUUUCGUGAAAGCCGGCAGAUCCGCAAAUGGCAAGGGUCACUACUGGGCUAUCCAUCCGGCUAAUAUUGAUGAUUUUAGAAAAGGUGAUUUUCGAAGACGCAAAGCGCAACGAAAAGUGAGGAAGCAUAUGGGUCUCGCUGUGGACGACGAUGGUGAAGAUUCUCCUUCACCACCUCCACAAUCACCGCCGCCAACGGCGUUGCCUUUACCUUUUUGGGGUACGGGGCGGCUGCCAGGAGGCGUAACGGCACGAAAGCGGCAGUUCGAUGUGGCUUCGCUGCUUGCGCCAGACGAUGCACCCGAAAAACGGGUGAGGCGCGACAGCAGCGGUGAGGAGGAGCCUGAAGAAGAUAUCGAUGUGGUGGCCAGUGACCAAGAGGAACGAACUGCGGAGGAACAACCUCAGUAUCCGCUGUUAGGCGGUUGGUGGCCUCUAGAACCAGCGCUACUUCAACAGUUGCGACGGCAUGCGCCGCCAGCGCCUCCCAGCCCUGUCGACCAGCAGCGUCCACCCGACACAUAG